GAUCUUGGAGUUUGCUUGGGGUCCAGCCCAAAGAGUUUUGCAAAGAAAGAAAGGCAGCAAACUGGAUUCCAAAACCCGUUGGCGGGAGAGUGGCUGGUAGUUUUAACCCAGGGCGACGUAGAGGGAAUAAGAGUCACCUCAGGGCAAAGCAAUAGAAAAGAAUCUUUAUGUCUCCCGCAACCUUUACUACUUUAUUAAGACAAUGGCAUUUUCGAACCUUUCUCUAUGGAGAGGGAGAAGAAGAGAACCGACGAAAUCAAUCCUCUUCUUCUUCUUCUAAAGGUUGCCAUUCCAUUAGCGUUUCCCUUGGCCGGUUUUGUGCUAUCCACUCUCGCAACAAAUAGUAGAACAAAGGGAACAACCCAGUCUACUUGUCCACCCCAAGAACAAAUGGAUUCCACCAUUUCCGUUUCUCAGGACGAGCAUGGGGAGGGCGAGAGAUCCCAUGGCCUGAACUCAUCUUCCAUGUGCCAGGAAAAAGGGGAGCAAGAACCAGAAAGGAGAGAGCCUUUGGUAAGCUCGCAUAACUCUAGUUCCCUGGAGAUCACGAGGGUGCAACGCUCCAAAAACAAGAGAGAGAUUUCGAUCGUGCAAUCCCAGGAUGGGCCAGAUUUAGAAGAAGACAUCGAAACUCUCAAGUCUAGUUCCCAUGGCCUGAACUCAUCUUCCAUGUGCCAAGAAAAAGGGGAGCAAGAACCAGAAAGGAGAGAGCCUUUGAUACGCUCGCAUAACUCUAGUUCCCAGGAGAUCACGAGGGUGCAGCGCUCCAAAAACACGAGAGAGAUUUCGAUCGAGCAAUCCCAGGGUGGGCCCAAUUUAGAAGAAGAUAUCAAAGCUCUCAAGUCUAGUUCCCAUGGCCUGAACUCAUCCUCCAUGUGCCAAGAAAAAGGGGAGCAAGAACCAGAAAGCAGAGAGCCUUUGAUAAGCUCGCAUAACUCUAGUUCCCUGGAGAUCAUGAGGGUGCAACGCUCCAACAACAGGAGAGAGAUUUCGAUCGAGCAAUCACAGGAUGGGCCCCAUUUAGAAGAAGACAUCGAAACUCUCAAGUCCCAGAUAGCUGCCCUUCAAGAGAAGGAACAUGAGUUUGAUUCCCGAAUUUAUCACUACUGCAAUCUAAAAGAACAGGAAUCUGCAAUCCAAAAGCUUCAAAUCAUGUGUUUGGGUUUCAAACUCGAGUCUCUGGAAGCUCAAAAUCAGAGGCUUGAGGAUACAAUUGUGGAGCUCCGAGAAGCUGUGAAACAGUAUGACACGAUGAAGGAUGUCCUCAAAUCGCUCCAGCGGAAGGUGAAGAAGCUUCAAAAGACAAAUAGACUGCAUUCUCGCCUCAUUCACCAGCAGGCUCUGAACCUUGAUGCUAGAGAAGUCGAUCUGUUUGUGGCAAAACAAGAGUCGAAACAAGCUAUCAAAGAAAUCAAAGAUUUGGCCGAUCAACUGCACCACGACGACAAAGCAAUAGAGGAUGAGAAAGAGCUAAUGAUGGAAGAUGACGACACGCUGAGACUGAGCAAGAAAGAAUUGUUAGAUCAACUAGAGCGGUUCCGAGAACAGUGGUAUGCUGGUGUGGAGGAGAUGAUUUAUCUAGGAUGGAUUGGUGCAUGCUUGAGGCAUGAGGUAUUGGUGAAUCAGAAGGAAGAAGAUAAGAAGCCGGUGGGAGACCGUUUGGUGGUGGAACUACCAAUAGACGAUCGGUCUAAUCAUGGCAUCACGGAACUCCACGAUUCAGAUGGUUCAUCAUCGGUUGCAGACCUUGGAGAUGCCACCAUGGAGCUCGCAGUAAUGAAGCAUCCUCAUUCAGGCUCCACGAAGCCAAGAUUUCUCCACAAGAUUAAAGGUUGGGCAAAAGGAAAGGGGAGAUCUAGACUAUGGUGCGACCGAGACCGAGCCUCCUCGGAGAGAUGGCUCGGCGCCAGGGAGACAGUGUUGGAAAGAAGCUUUUAAUGUCACAAAUUAUUAUGCAAAAUUCCUCUGACGACCUAAAGAUUUGUCGCUCUUGCAUGUAAAUUCUGAUCAUAAAUAUAUUUCAUGUUGUGAUCAUGCCAUCCUUUUAAUUUUCCUUCGUAUCCA